UGCCAGCCGCCCCCCGCUGCUCCUGACCCUGCUUCUCUUCCCAGACGCUGCAGCCCCUGUCCUGGCCUCUUGCCUGCCGCCCCCAUGAGAAAAACCAACAUGUGGUUCUUGGAGCGGCUUCGGGGGUCUGGGGAGAACGGUGCUGCCCGGGGCGCGGGGAGUGAGGCCGGGGACAAGGCCUCCAAGGGGCCCCUAUACAGCAAUGUGCUGACGCCCGACAAGAUCCCCGACUUUUUCAUCCCCCCCAAGCUGCCCUCGGGCCCCGUGGAGGGUGAUGGACAGGCCGCGCUGGGCCCGUCCACGUCGGAACAGAACCUGGCCUCCGCGGCCCCCCGCCAGACCCCACGGAGCCCCCGGCUGCCUGCCAAGCUGGCAGCCGAGAGCAAGAGCCUCCUGAAGGCAGCCACCCGGCACGUGAUCCAGAUCGAGAGUGCUGAGGAGUGGCCGCCUGAGGAGGCCACUGACCCAGACCAGGCCCAGGGCGCCAUGUCCCUGCCCUCGGUCCCCAAGGCCCAGACGUCCUACGGCUUCACCACGCUGGCCGAGAGCCCCCACACUAGACGCAAGGAGUCUCUGUUCCACAGUGAGCACGGGGCCCUGGCCCAGGUGGGCUCCCUGGGUGCCGGGCGCCGCCGGGCAGCUGCGGCCAACGGGGGUGAUGGGGGCCCCAGGGAGGCUGGCGGGGCCCUCAUGAGCCCCGGCCGCUACUUCAGUGGCGGGGAGAGCGACACGGGGUCCUCGGCCGAGUCCUCUCCCUUCGGAUCACCUCUGCUCUCCCGCUCGGUGUCACUGCUCAAAGGCUUCGCCCAGGACAGCCAGGCCAAGGUGAGCCAGCUCCGGCACUCGGUGGGCCGCCACGGCUCCCUGUCGGCUGACGACAGCACUCCAGACACCAGCCCCGGCAGCCGGCGCCGCCUGACCCGCCGGGCACCCCCGGAACCUGGCGAGUCGGGCCAGGCGCGUGGAGAGCACACGGUCCACGUGGGCCCUCGGGGCAGCGUGCGGCUGCUGGCGGAGUACGAGGCAGGCCAGGCCCGCCUGCGGGUGCGCCUGCUGGCCGCCGAGGGCCUCUACGACCGCCUGUACGAUGCCCGCAGCAUCAACUGCUGCGUGGGCCUGUGCCUGGUGCCCGGCAAGCUGCAGAAGCAGCGAAGCACCAUCAUCAAGAACAGCCGCCAACCGGUCUUCAACGAGGAUUUCUUCUUCGACGGCCUGGGGCCGGCCAGCGUCCGGAAACUGGCCCUCAGGAUCAAGGUGGUGAACAAGGGCAGCAGCCUCAAGCGGGACACGCUGCUCGGGGAGAAGGAGCUGCCCCUGACCUCCCUGCUCCCCUUCCUGUAG